AUGGCUAUGGCUGGCUGGCCCCAGAGCCUGACCAGGGAGAGAUCGGCCCUCAGAGCUCCCAGUGCCACGUGCACCCAGCCCAGACUGAACUCCAAUAGCCAGCACUGCAGACAAGAGAGACAGACGGACAGGAGAAGCGAGAAGAUGGGGCCAGUCGCCUACUUCAGCUUCUGCCUCCUCAGCUGCUUGAUCUUUAGCCCCUCGCUGGAAGCCUCUCCCCGCAAUGUCCUCUCUCCCCAUCCCAACUCCUCUCUCGGAUCAGGAGUAGAGGGCACGUCUUGUCCCAAUGACUGGAUGUACUACCAUGACCACUGCUAUGGGUUCUUCCCUGAAAAGAUGACCUGGUCAGAGGCUGAGGUGGAGUGUCAUUAUCAACACAAGGGAGGCCAUCUCGCCUCCAUUCUCUCUGAGGCAGAAGGGGACUUGGUGGCCAGAUACAUCAGCCAGUCAGGCUCCAAGGAUAGCGUGUGGAUUGGACUCCACGACCCCCAACAUAACAGACGCUGGAGGUGGACAGAUGGGUCGCUGUAUCAUUACAGUGCUUGGAACCCUGGGGAGCCAAACAACUUGGGUAACAAUGAGUACUGUACCGAGCUGCUGAACUUCAGGGGUUUUAAGAAAUGGAAUGAUAUUAACUGUAACAAGCAAAAUGCCUACAUUUGCAAGUAUCAACCCUAGCGAGGGGAGUCACUCGACUGUGCCUGAAGUGGGAGCUCAGCACCUGCGAUGCAAAAGAACUGAGCUCCUUGGCCGUGAUCAGACAACGUCCCAACAUUCGGAUGCUUUUGCUGCUUCAAGGGCCAGUCCCCUCCCUCCCUGAGAGACCAGAUCUCACUUCCGCAGCUGCAAACUCUCUUCCCUUAAGUGUCUCUGUUCUAGUUACACGCCUGCCCCUUCCCUCCCUUCCCCUCAAUGGCUGCAGCCCACUCCAAGAAUAAACUCUCCUGAGCAUGCA